AUUUUCUUCUUCAGUUAUCUCGAUUUCGUUAAACUCAUAAGUAUGUAAAAUCAUCACUGUCAGCCGCUAAAUUUGAGCGCGCUCGCCUUCUCGUAUUUUGUAGUCCCCUCUCCUGUGCUGAAAGCCAGGCUAAAAAUAGAUCAGACCCAAAGGAUGUCUUCAUCUAACUCAGCACCGAAUAUUGAUGACAUGUGUGACGACCCAGCAGAAAUUGAAGGAUGGCUGCGGCAGCAAGUACUUGGAAGUGGAGCUUUCGGCGUGGUUACUUUAUGGAAACAUAGAGACACUGGCCAAAAAAUCGCCAUUAAGAAAUGUCGUUGGGUUGAUGACCCUAUGUUGACUCCAAAACACAAAGAAAGAUGGACCAAAGAAGUUGAAAUCAUGCAACGUCUGAAGCACCCAGGGGUUGUCAAGACCUUGCCAGUGCCGCCUGAAAUGGAUCGAGAAUUGAGAGUUGAACUGCCCCUUCUCUGCAUGGAAUUUUGCUCAAAGGGAGACCUUCGACAGGUGCUAAACAUGGCAGAAAACUGCUGUGGCUUAAGUGAGGCUGAAAUCAGAUCUAUUGUCAAGGAUAUCACCAGUGCUGUGGAAUACUUGCAUGCUAACAAAAUUACUCAUCGUGAUCUUAAACCUGAUAACAUUGUUCUGCAGGAAGCGGAAAACAGUCGGAUUAUUUACAAACUUAUUGAUUUGGGAUAUGCCAAAGAACUGGACCAAAGUAGUAUGGCUGCUUCAUUUGUUGGAACUUUGCAAUAUCUUGCUCCUGAACUCUUUUUAAGCAAUAAGUACAGCUGCACUGUCGACUACUGGAGUUUAGGACUCUUGACACAUGAAAUAAUAACUGGUGUCCGUCCAUUCUUACCCCAGAUGUCUCCAGCUGCCUGGAUGAAACAUGUUCAGAAAAAAGCCGUUGAUGACAUUUGCGCCUUUCAAACCGACGAUGGUGGUAUAGUUUUUAGUAAGCAGCUCUUCCCAGAAAACCAUAUAUCCUCCACAUUCCAAUAUCACAUGGAGAAAUGGUUGCGCAUCCUCCUGGAUUGGGAUCCAAAAAGGCGAGGGAGACUUUCUACCGACUCAGACCUAAUGGUCUUUUCUAUGCUUAAUUCGAUUUUAAGCAAGAAAAUAGUCCCUGUUUUCUGCGUUCCCAUGAAUUGCAUCCUGAGCUAUGAGGUUGAUGAAACAACUGAACUGGCAACCCUGCAACAGUGGAUUGCAAGGGACACAGGGUUGGGUGUAAAAGACCAGGAACUCCUGUUCCCCAGAGGAACCUCUCCAGAUUCAUCGAUGUCUGCUGACCAGUGCUGCCUUCCACUUCAUGAUGGCACACCAUGGUACCUCUUUGUUCUGCGGAAAGACAUCUUUGAGUUGCCUCAAGUGAGGCCUCAUAUCCCAACAUUGGUUGGUCAGAUGGUGUCUGACACCAAAAGCGUAUUUGAGUACCAGUACCAGAAACGGUCUUGGGCCCAAGCUGUAUUUUUCUUGCAGCAGGAAGCCAAUUUGUACUGCAACUUUCUGCGUUCGCAUAGGGCCAAAAUGCUCUCCGUGCUGAGCAAAACUUGUGAACUGGGAAAGCUUGUGCAAAGGGUCCAACAGGAAAGACAACGCACAAAUUCAUUCAAAGAUCUUUUCAUAACAUCACUGGAGUUUGAUGUGUCCAAGAUUGCUGACAUGAAGAGUAAUCACUUGAAAGACCUGUGUGGUGUUUGGAAUGAUACCAAGUCACAGCUUCUGAGGAAAAUCAAAAUGAUAGAGGAGCGAGUUGCUAAAUUGGAAACUGAUGCCGAAGCCAUUGGGAGCAUUGCUCUUCAGCUGCAAAGAAGUCCUUUUGCGCGCAUCAGAAUUUCUAGCAACCUAGACAACCUAGCGGAAGCCGGACAAAAUUGCUAUGAGGCAUUGCGAAGGAGGAAUAAAGAACAGAGGAAAGUGCCGCAGAACAAUAGUGAGAUGGCUCGGGUUGUCUACAACUGCCUUAAGCACAGAGACAAACUGCUGCAUGACCAGCCUUUCAGCGAUCACUUAAAGCAAUUGAUGGAGUGCCAAGCUGGCACAGAUAAAGUCACCAAGCCAAUGGAAAACUGCUUACUCGAGAUUUCCAGGUUACAAGAAGACAUCACUAGAGCUCAAAUUCAGCGACAGGAAGAUUUGUGGCUCUCUGCGGUUAAUGGGCAGGUGCCACCCUUGGUUCCCGUUAGAGGUGCCAUUCCAAAGCAAUCAGACAUUGCCAAGAAAGGUGUAGCUCUUGAAAGCGAGAGCGAUACACAAACGCAAUCUCAAAUUCAAGGAAGCCUGGAUCUAGCAGAUAAUGCCAGCUCACUGAUGUCUCAAUCGACUGAAGUCAUCAAGGAAAAUCAAGAAUUGAGAUACAUGACACAAGAGUUGAUGAACAAAGGUUAUGGACUCUACAAGAACAUCCUUGGACUAGAUUUUGAUGAAGUUUUAAGUGCUGUUGACAAAGGGAAAGCUAAUAAUUUGACAACGCCAAAGUGAUUUGCACACAAUUAUUAUACUUUGCUAGUCUUAACCUAUUUGCCUGAUGUUUUCACAAUACAUUUUAGGCUUAAAAUUUAAGCCCCUUGAAAUUAACUUGUUACUUGUGGUGCCAUUUUUGCUCUUUAUUAUCUUUAUUAUGUUAUAAUAUGUAUCCAAAUGACAAUGAAAACCUGUGUUUUUUACAUAUCUUAAUAUUUAAUGUAAUUGUAUUUAUGUUGAAGGUGAAAUAAAACUAAAAAUAUAAAUAUGCUUCUUAGAAACGCA